AAGACGAGGAGAGGUCCUGGCGACGGAGGCCCGCAGGGGACAAAAUGGCGGCGGCGCUGGCGAAGCGAUGGCGCCGGCUGCCCGGGCGGCUGUGCUGGGAUGCCUGGCCCUGCCGCCCCCCGCGCCCGGUGAUAGCGGCGAGGUGUCGCUCCUCCGGCGGCCCCGGAGCCCUCAGCCCCUUCGACCGGCGGCUGAAGAGGAAGCAGAAGAACUGGGCGGCCGCGCAGCCCCAUCCCGAGCAGUGCGAGUACCUGCGCCACGAGGUUGGUGGGAGAAUAGCAGACCGUGUCUUUGAUAUUUCUAGGACUUUCUCGCUUGCUUUGGACCUUGGUUGUGGACGAAGCUACGUAGCUCAGCAUUUAAACAAGGAUGUGGUUGAAAAGUUUUGCAGAGCUGACAUUGCAGAAAAUGCGCUGAAAAACAGCAUGGAAUCAGAGAUACCCACGGUCAGUGUUGUAGCGGAUGAAGAAUUCCUUCCUUUCAAAGAGAACACAUUUGACCUGGUCGUCAGCAGCUUAAGCUUGCAUUGGGUGAAUGACCUUCCCAAAGCCUUGCAUGAGAUACAUCAAGUCCUGAAACCCGACGGAGUGUUUGUUGGGGCCAUGUUUGGGGGAGACACCCUCUACGAGCUUCGCUGUUCUUUGCAGCUGGCAGAACUGGAAAGAGAAGGUGGAUUUGCUCCACACGUGUCUCCUUUUACUGCUGUCAGCGAUUUGGGACAUCUGCUAGGAAGAGCCGGCUUCAACACGCUGACCGUGGAUACAGAUGAAAUUCAAGUUAACUAUCCUGGGAUGUUUGAACUUAUGGAUGAUCUACAAGGUAUGGGAGAAUGCAUUGCUCCACCUGGAGUAGGAAGAGCCGGAAAUCACACCACAGGGAAACCAUAUUUGUGGCUUGGCAAAAUGAGUAUACAAGGUAAUAGCGGGAAACAGUGACGGGACAGUACCUGCCACCUUUCAGAUCUAUUACAUGAUAGGAUGGAAGUUUCAUGAAUCACAGGCAAGGCCAGCCCAGAGAGGUUCUGCAACAGCGUCAUUUGGAGACCUUAAAAAGAUUAACGCAUCUGCGGCAGGAAGGAAAAAACUUUGAGGUGUGGCGUGACAGUCUUGGAUGCCCCAGAUUCAUAAAUCAUCACUGUAGACACUUUUUGGCAGUCGGUUUUGAAAAGUGCACAACAUUGAGACUUCCUGACGUAUUAACUUGUGUCCUGGAGAUAAUACACGACGCUUGGCUUUUCUCUUUUUUCAUUGGUUGUGCUCAUUUUUGUAAACUGUGUGAAUUUUAUUUUGUGAAGCGUCUGCCAAAUAAAAUUGUGACAUCUUGUGGUGGUGUAAA